AUGUCAGCAGGAAAAGUCUACGAGGGUAUUCUCCCUGUCCACAAACCAGAAGGCGUCACAUCAGCCGAUGUCCUCCGCAAACUCCAAAAACACUUCAACCCCUCUACUACAUUCCGACCCUGGAUAGAAGGCGAAAUCACCCGCCGCAAGAACGACGUCAACUUCCGCAAUCGACGCAAGAAGCGGCCCGAAGUGAAAAUCGGCCAUGGCGGGACACUCGAUCCUAUGGCGACGGGGGUGCUGAUUACUGGUAUUGGUCGGGGUACAAAGCAUCUUAUUAAGUUCUUGGAAUGCCCCAAGACGUACGAGACGGUGGUAUUGUUUGGUGCGGAGACGGAUACAUAUGAUCGAACUGGUAAACUCGUACGGAAAGCGCCCUAUGAGCAUAUCACACGGGAGGUGGUUGAGGAGGCCAUGAAGAAAUUUCGUGGAAAGAUUAUGCAACGUCCGCCUAUCUUCUCGGCAAAGAGUAUACAGGGCGUGAGGUUAUACGAGUAUGCGAGAGCAGGAAUGGAACCACCCGUCGAAAUCAAGUCUCGAGAAGUCGAAGUUUAUGAUCUUCAAAUAUUGGAAUGGUAUGAGCCUGGAACACAUGACUACAAGUGGCCGGAGGUGGAAAUGUCCGGUGAAGAGAAGGAGGUUGCAGAGAAGAUGUUGGAUAAGGAGGCUGCGAUACCAGUCGCAUCGGAGGCAGAAGCAGCCGAGCAAGCAGCAGCGAACGCGCUCUUGGAGGACAAGAAAAAGAGGAAAGCUUCUCCGGGCCUUGAUGAGAGUAGCGCAAAUAAGGAUUCAGAAUCGAAACGUCUGAAAUCUGAUCCCGAGACAUCGGAACCUGCUCAAUCCUCCACCGAAGGCGCAAACGCCGGGACGGAAGAUACGAGCAACACCAAAGAAGGGGCCACAGAAGAACUAAAAGAAGUGAAACCACCCAAUCCACCAGCGGCCAGAAUCACCAUGACAGUCUCCUCCGGCUUCUACGUCCGAUCCCUCGCACACGAUCUCGGCAAAGCAGUAGGAAGCUGCGGAUUAAUGAGCUCGCUUGUCCGCUCCAAGCAAGGUGACUAUACGCUUGAUCCUGAGAAGAUUCUGGAAUAUAAAGAUUUGGAAGCUGGGGAGGAGGUUUGGGCUCCCAAAGUCAUUCGGUUUUUGGAGGAGUGGGAGGAGAAGAAUCCGCUUGCUGAGAGUACAUAG